AUGUCUCAAGUGUGCCGUAUUACUGAGAGCGUGUCACCAAGCGAAGAAUAUGACGCUUGCCGUGGCAUCUGCCAGUCACCGAUCCUUCUAGCAGGCUUAUUUUUUGUGGGGGCGGCAUUGUUGUUAUUAAUCCUUGCUCAGUCAUACUUGUCGCCUUCCGGGCUAAAGGGCCUCCCAGCGAGGCUUGGCAUAUCUAGCUUGCAUGCCGUCACAAAAAAAGUCAACCUGAAUACAAAUGUUGAGCGAUUUGCGACCUUAUUUCACUUGGAGUUGGUUGAGCGCUUCAACCUUGCGCGUGGUCGCGAUGUCGCACGCAUCGACGAGCUGGUGUCAACCCUAAAAGGCAUGGAAGCGAUCGGGAUUACGACAGUCGUGUUCUCUAGCCCUUGGGAGUUCCUCCAGCCCACGGAUGGGCCCGUCAACUUCGAGUUUUUGGACUUGCUGGUCUCCACCGCAUGCCAGAACACCAACUUGAAGGUUGCUUUCAUCCUGGAUAUGGUGCGAGCGCCCGCUUGGGUGUUCACCAAGUGGCCGGAUGCCAAGGCGACAGACAGCCAUCAGCGGCAGUAUCCUUUGCUGUCCUGGUUCCACGCGGCCGCUAACCAGCUGGCCAUGAGUGUCUUGCAGCAGGUGGCUACCCACCUGGUCGCAUCACAUCGCGGGAGGGUCACAUCGCUACAGCCAGCUUUCAACAACGAGUACGAGGUAUUUGGGUGGGACGGGGAUGGGGGCGUGUCUCGGCACAGCACAGCACAGCAACGGUCUGUGCGGACGCGCGUGGAUGGGCUCGUCCGUAUCUGCUUGCUGUGCGGCUGGGGGUCGGCGGGUUCGGAGGCUUAUGGGAAGUUUGUUGGGCAUCUCCCUUUAUAUAAAGGGAGGUGGUCUUUGGCCAAAUACACGCAGGAGCACGACUGCUAUCAGGACUACUCAGGGCCCGCGGUAUGCAAGGACUUGUUACGGAUUCAUAGAGUGUUAUCAUCUCAGUGCACGCGGCACCCACGCAUGAGCGAGCGGGUGGAUGCCCUUUCCACGGCGGUAGAAGUGUUCUUGUCCCCCUGUACACCCCAUGGCGCCAGUGGCCCUACAGCCGCACAUCUUGGGACCCUCCUGCCCUCUGUCUCGCCGCUCUCUUACCCUUGUCCUCCCCCCUCCUCCUGCCCUAAUCCUGUCGCCUUAUGUCCCUUCUAUUCCUGGUUCCGUGGUAUGAAGUUAUGGUCGUUCCGUCAGUGGCUCCAGGCUCGUAGGCCUCAACUGGAAUCCCUCAAUGCGCGGUGGGGCACUGCCUUCAAGCGCUGGGAGGAGGUCGGGCCGCCCGUGCUGGAGGCGGGGAGUGUCAUGGGGCCGGACCUGCAGGCGCGUUACUGGGACUUCCUGAAGUUCCGGGAGCUCAAGGGAGCAGAGGUAUAUAACCGUGCAUGUGCUGUCGUACAGUCGGCCGGUGCACGAUGCUUCCACCACGUGCCCGAGCUCUUAACCGUACUUGUGGCAGUGUACGGCACUACCAUGUUCAAACACAUCGCCACCAGCUCGUACACCGACUACCUCGUCGUAGACGCCAGCUUCUCUACACCGUACGGCAGCCCUAUCACCCCGGAGAUGCUGCGCAUCUCCGUGGCUGCCGCGGCCGCAUACGGCAAACCCGUACACCUUGGGGCACCCGUACAGCAAUCCGUCGGGUACGACCUGCUAUCAUCCACCUUCCGAACCGCCAUUCUGGCGGGUGCGGUGGGGGUGGGUGUUACGAACUGGAUGCCGUACAUGCCCCUCAACGCCUCGCUGGGGGAGGCCAUGCGGGGGAUUAGCAGCACGUCAAGUGGGGGUCCGGAUGCGGAAUGCUCUGCGGGCGUCGUUCGGGAGCGGAUGGGACUGUUCAUCCACUUCGACUCGUGUGCUGCAUGGCAUGGAUUGCAGUGGUCUUCUGAGAGCAAGGACCCCCUGCAUGACUUCAUACGGACUGUCGCCCAGCAACACAAUUUCCAGUGCACUCCUCACCUGGAGGUGUAUCUGGAGCUGGACCGGCUGAUGGCCGCCCUUCCCUCCCUGGGCCGGCUGCUGUUCGUGGAGCCACUAGUGGUGGCGGCGGGGAAGGAGGUACGUGGGGGAUUGUGUGUUUUGGGUAUGAGCCCUCUGUGCACGAAUGUUCAUGUCUGCACGCUCUUCUACGGUGCUCUGCCGCAGUUUGAGACGUACAAGGCGGUCAAGGCAGCGCUUAAGCCGAAGCGGCACGAGGUCGUACAGUUCCCCGGUGUCCCGGACACAGGGUCCCCCCAGCUCACUGUUCUCGAGGACCUGGGAAAAAGAGGUCUAUUGGCGUGCAAUUUCAAAGCAGGGAAAUUUGAGCAUGCAACAGUACAUAGCUGUGUGUGCGUAUUCGUGCGUGUGCGUGCCGAGGAGGAUGCAAACGGUGUGGUUGCCUUGGUCUGGUCGUUGGUUCAAUGGAGUGGUCGUUAA